AUGACGCAAUCGGUCCAAAGCGAGCGCACAGUCCACCAAUCCAUGCAUGCAGACGAGAUCAUCUUCGAAGCCAAAGGGAGGGGUGCGUCAGAAUUGGCUUCAGCCAAGGCCACCGACAUUGACAACUUGGAGGUGCCUGGCAUACGUGCUGUGCGAGCAUUUUUCAGGAAGCGGCCGGCCUCUGCUCCGACUUAUCGAGACUUUGCGCGGGGGGCUUCUGGGUACCAACCGGCAACACUAAGUUUCCAUUUGUUCAACUUCGAUGACGCCGUGCUGGCAAGUUGUGCUCAUGAAAUCGAGCAAGCUACAGGAGCCACAAUUCCGCCCGCGGUGCGGCCAAUUCAGUCGCCGCUGGAUCGGAGACGAAAGAGCCUCGCAGGCCGGCGAGGCUUCUUGCGCAGACAGCCUCCUCAAACGCAUGCAUACCCCGCAGCGCAGGCCGCCAAGUCUCCCUCUACGGGCUUUGAUGCGGCGGGUAUCAAUCUUGAAGUUACACAUCGUGUCCGGCAUCCACCACUUGGUGGCCGGAAGGUGUCGACUGGGCCGACCGGGUUUCCGAGAAACCGCCGACCAGCCUCCGCCGGUGCAAGGCUGAAUCACUCGAAGGAGACCCUGCAGGCUGGCGACAGCACUCCCUGCUUUGCGCGAGUGUGGCAUCGGCGUCCUCUAAUUGCCGCCAAUCAGCUACAGAAGGAUGUUGCAGGCUUCGGAGACACCGUUCUGGAAGGAUACCCUCUCAACCUCUUGGAAGGUGGGUAG